GAGGGCGACCUGACGCUGUGGUGUAGGCUCCUCUUGCCCGGCGCGGUCAAACGAAUUUACAACCUACAGAGCAAAGCUUUGAUAAAACUGUUCGGGCGGAUACUCCAGCAAGACGAGGACGCGAUGCUGGAGGAUCUGGAGCAGGGGGACGUAGCCAUGACCAUCAAAAGGUUUUUCGAGAGUAGCUCGGCUGUCGAACCCCGCGCGACGAGUGACCUCACCUUACAGGAGGUUGACGAGUUUUUAGAAAAAUUAUCCACGCUGACCAAGGAAGACGAGCAAACCUACCACUUCAAGUCCAUAUUGAACAGGUGUACAGCCGAUGACCUGAAAAUGAUCAUUCGCUUGAUAAAGCACGACUUGAGGAUCAACGCCGGGCCGAAGCACAUUCUGGGUGCCGUCCACGAUGACGCCUACGCGGCGUUUCAGGCGUCGAGGGAUCUCCCCGGCAUCCUGCAUCGUUUUCGGGGAGUUUCCUCCUCGUCGCCUUCGGCGUGCGGACCGGAAAUCGGCAAAGCCGCGACUCUGGCGCUGAUGACCCCGGUCCUACCGAUGCUCGCCGAGCCUUGCAAGUCCGUCGAGAUGGCAAUGCAGAAAUGUCCAAAUGGUAUGCUGUCCGAAGUCAAGUACGACGGCGAGCGGGUGCAGGUCCACAAAAGGGGCAGCAGUUUCCUCUACUUCAGCCGCUCGCUGAAACCAGUUUUAUCUCACAAAGUGAACUUUUUAAAAGAGUACAUACCGAAAGCCUUCCCGCACGGCGAUGAUCUAAUACUCGAUUCGGAAAUUCUCAUGGUAGACGCGCGAGACGGCAAACCUCUUCCUUUCGGAUCACUGGGUGUUCACAAGCGGAGCGAGUUUAAGGAUGCAAAUGUGUGUCUCUUUGUUUUUGACAUUAUCUACUACAAUGGAGAAUCACUGUUGAAUCGAACAAUGAAAGAAAGAAGAAAACUGUUGGAGCAAAAAAUGACGCCCAUAGAAAACAGAAUAAUGCUGUCGGAAACUCAGGAAAUCAAGGAUUCACGAAAACUGGCGGAAAUGAUAGCCAAAGUGUUCAAACUUCGCUUGGAGGGCCUGGUGUUGAAGGACGUUGACAGCAAGUACGAGCCGGGGAAAAGGCACUGGUUGAAGGUAAAGAAGGAUUAUUUGUUUCAAGGGAACAUGGCCGAUAGCGCAGAUCUCGUAGUGCUCGGCGCUUGGUACGGCACCGGGAAAAAAGGUGGCAUCAUGUCGGUAUUUUUGAUGGGUUGCCAUGAUCCUGAUAAAGAUGUUUGGCUGACAGUUACAAAGGUGCACGGAGGUCACGACGACGCAACACUUGCCGAACUUCAAACUACCCUGGACAUGGUGAAAAUAGGAAAAGAUCCGAAUCUGUUGCCCAAAUGGCUGAAAGCGAAUAAAGCUAUGGUACCCGAUUUCGUGGCAAAAGAUCCCAAGAAACAACCAGUGUGGGAAAUAACAGGAGCUGAAUUCACGAACCAAGGCCAGCACACGGCCGACGGCAUCAGCAUACGCUUCCCACGCGUCACGCGCAUACGUGAUGACAAAGACUGGAAGACGGCCACUAACCUGCCAGAGCUUCGCACCCUCUUCAAAAACAGCGCAGAUUCGGUGGAUUACUCGCUCCUCCUUGGCACGCAAGCCGACACCGCUUCUGGUAAGCGUCCGUUGGACAGUGAAAACGAGUCCCCAAAGAGAAAAUCACCGAAGAAACAAGGACGAUCCGAGAAUGGAGAAGCUUCGACGUCCAGAGCAGACUACUCGCGAGCCGCCACCACUUCCAGUAAGCGACCGUUGAACAGCGACGAUGAGUCCCCGAGGAAAAAGUCAUCGAAGAAACGAAGACGGUUCGGAGAUGAAGCAUCGACGUCCAAACCAGAUUACUCGCUCCUCCUUGGCUUAAAAACUGACUCGGAUUCCAGUAAGCGUCCGGUAAAAAAUAACAGUAAGUCGAAACAAGGCUGGUCCAGAGCUGGAGAAGCCUCGACGUCCAGACGGGACACUCGGAUGUCGGAUGACGAAGGGUCUUGCAGCGGCUCCGAUGUUAAUUUCAGUGCGACAACUAGCAAAGAUAUCGAGUCAAAGACGAAUGAGACCAAAAGGCUGUUUACCAAAAAAUCACCAGUAAAAUCAUCCAGUAAGGUGAUAUCGGAGUACUUUAAACGAUCCCCCGAGCACACAAACAAGGACGAGCUGGACCGAGCUGACGUGAACGACAGAUCUGACGAGGAGGGCAAAGCAGAAUUUUAUUCCUUCAUCGGCAUGGAUUACAUCGAGUACAGCGCGGCAGGUAGUCCCUUGAAUUGGGUCGAAGGUAGAAAGCCACCGAAGCAUCUGCCGAAAGAAGCAAAACCUAUAUCAGAGCGCGAUGAAGAUAAAAUGAGGUCGCGCUGUUUACUGUACAAUACCCGUAUUUAUUUAGCUAAUGACCUUGAUCGAGAGAGAAGACAAGCUAUUCAGCGAACUCUGAAGACACUCGGUGCAACGGUCCUUCCCGAGGUAGAACAAUCUCGAGCGACAUACGUAAUUCACGGACGUUCUCAGGUCCCUUCCACGAUUUUAUCCGAGCCCACGAAUGUGCCAAAGUCAGCUAGACACGUGACAGAGUCCUGGAUAGACGAUACAGCUGCUAAGAGUAAAAUUGCAAACGCCGAGAAUCACGCGGUUACUUUGUUCGGGGUUUAUUGUUCCUGUCGGUGUCCACAUAUGGAGGAUUAAUUUGUGGACUUGUUUUUUUAGUGAACUCUAAGACCGUCAUUCGAUUAAAACUUUCGCUCAAUAAUCGUAUCGAGAAUAUUGUAAGAAAAAUCAUGGAUUCUUUAUUUUUGUAUCAAUUGUACAAUAAAA